AUGUUGGCAGAGUACUUGAUUGAGAUAGAUGCAAACUUAGCUGGAGAGCUCAACCAUUCCAAACAAACUCCUUUGCACUUGCUAUGUCAGCAACACCACUGUUAUUAUCCCAAACAAAAGAAGGUGGCCAAGUUGUUAGUUGCAAAAGAUGUGUCAGCAGUGUAUUCUCAGGAUGUUGAGGGUUUCACUCCUUUGUUAAGAGCAGCGCAAACUUUUACAUACAUAGCCGCAUCAGAAAUACUAAAGCGGCAUCCACAGUUAAUAAGACAGAAUGGUCCUCAAGGUCGGAAUUUUUUUCAUCACUUAACUGAUAUGAAUGAGCAUAGUAAAAACAAGUUGUGUGAAAUGGUACCACAAAAGGAAAGGGAGAUUCUUAUUACACUGAAAGAUGACCAGGGUAACACUCCUCUUGAUUUGGCUGUUGAAGAGGAUGACUUUCUGAAAGCUCAGUUUUUAAUUGAAUGUUCCGGCGAUUUACAAGGGUACCAAUUAACGGGUUGGCUUCGUCAACACAAGAUAACAACUGUUCGCAAAAUUUGUCAUGACCCAAUUCCUAAAGAAUUUCAAAAAUUCCUUCAAUCACGAGAUAUAGUCAAAAACACUAUUUCGAUGGGUUUAUAUAGAAGUGCUUAUGAUGUGAGUAAAGAAGAUAUAAAGGAAUUUAUGAAUACAAUGGGAGUGGUGGAGGCACUGCUAGCAACAAUAACAUUUACAGCAGCAUUUACUGUUCCCGGUGGGUACAAAGGUGACACUGGAAUUCCGAAUUUAGGGAAGAAGGCAGCAUUCCAAGUGUUUAUGGUUUCAGAUGUAGUAGGGAUGUGCAGCUCUAUGAUGGUUCUUUUCUGCCUCCUUUGGUUAUUGUCUAAGGAUGUUGAACGGGAUGAAGUACAAUUUGAGCUUGUAGAUAUGAUCAUCAAAUUGCUGCUGUUAUCAUUUUACGCAACUCUAGUAGCUUUCAUGACAGGAGUUUAUGUAACCACAAUCUCCGACACUCUAUGGUUAGCUAUCUUCACUUGCGUCCUCUGCUCCUUACUUAUCUUGUUGAUGAGAAGACGUCAUAUCAAGAUUAUCAGUUUCAUAUUGAGGGAACUGCCAAGACACCCCUCAUUGUGUUUUCAUUUACCGGACAUUAUAAAAUGGUUCCGCUAG